CCGAGGCUCUCCAGAUAAUCCCGAUUCGUAACACCAUUGAAGUCCCUUUAUUUGACGGGUUGGGGGUGAGGGAGAGGGGGACGAUAUUAAGAAGAAAACAUAAUAAUUUAGCAGAAAACCCUACUUCCUAUACCCCGCCCGUCCCAUCUGCUGUUUUCGGAUCCAAGCCUGUCUGAAAGAGAUUCAAUCAAGAUGAAAGUAAUUGGUGUUGCCGUGUUUGGAGCCGUGUUCUGCACUGUUCUGACUGCUUCCCUGAAAGUCAAAGAAGAACACAAGAUUGCUUUUUUUGGCGAGGAUGUGCACAUCCCACUCCCAUCCCUAGACAGCACUGAGGUUCUCUUCAAGCCCGCCUCCAACCCAACCACCGAGGUGGUCCUCAUGAGGGACGGGCGGGUGGUGGGCCACCGGGCCCAGCUCAACUCCCUCAAGCACCUUAUCCUGGAGGAUGUGGGGGAGGAGGACGAGGGCAUGUACGUGAUCAAGAACACAGAGGCGCCUGCCGAUGUCAAACACAUCCUCCUCCUCGUCAGGGAUUGCGCGCUGGAGCAGGUGGUUAAGUACGGUGAGACAUACCACAUCCCGCUCAGCGACAUCUUGGGCCCUAUCACCCUGGAGUUCAGGCCCAGUCAAGCCCAGGCCAAUCAGACCACGGAGCCACCGGCGGUGGUGCUGCUCAACCAGACUUCCAUCCCCGCGGAAGAGUACAAGGGCCGUCUGAGUGUGUCAGAGAAAAGGGUGACUCUAAGCAUGGUGCAGGGGACAGACGAAGGUAGCUUCACCGUACUGGACCGCGACGGGAAGGUCAGGAGGAGGUCAUGCCUGAACGUGAAAGAGCACCAGAACUUCGUCCACCUAUCAUAUGGCAGUACUUUGAAGAUCAACCUGUUUGUGGACCACACCAAAGUCAACCUCCUGUACACUCCAGACUGGGACCGGAAGGACCGGGUCAUACUGGAGCAAGGAGAGCUGGUGGUGCCGUUGGACCCUUCACUGGAUGGCAGGCUGACUGUAGAAGGCUCCAUGUGCAUUCUGGAGAGGGUCCGGUUCAGUGACAUGGGGCUCUUCAGAGUGACAGACCUGUUGGGGUUCCCUGUGACCAACAUCUACCUGGAGGUAGAAGCUUAUAAGUUACCCACGCUGUAUGUUGCAAUCCUCUCCUUACUGGGCUUCCUGGUCCUCCUCUUGCUGGUGUGCCUGUUCUCCUGCCUGACCAGUGUGCGCCGUCGGGCGGAGAAGGCGCGGCAAAUUGCCCUCAUCGCCCAGCAGGCGGGCAAGGGGGAUGGAGACGCAUUCGUCAAGGUUGUUCAAGAGGCCUAUACGCGGUUCGCUGAGGAGUCCACUUUGACGUCUACGUGGGACAACAGCAAUGCCACAGAAAGCACGGAGGUCACUAUUAAGGGUCUGGAGGUAUCUAAAGCAGGCCGCUACCACACUCUCUCCUCGGACAAGAACUUCCUGGAGAUGAGCGACUCGGGGGUAGAGUUCAACUCCUCCGGCCUCCCGUUAGACAGCGAAUACGAAACGGACGUGCCCCAGACCUUCACCUCCCACAAGCUGCUCCUCAACAACUCUGACAGCGUGGCAGCCACUGUCAUCCCAGAGGGAGAUCAAAGCACCAACCGGAACCCCGACUCGGCCAUGAGCCCCAGCCUCGUGACCCAGGCCCGCUCUGAGGCCGACGCCCCUGAAGAAGACCUGAUGGGUGACAGCACGCCAGAAAUGACAUCCAGGGGCGCCGAGCUGGCUGGAGGACUUAAAGCAGCCGACAGUGUUGCUGAGCCUGGCGAUUAAGCAAGCAGCCCAUUGAUUCCCAGUGCCACCGCAGAGAACACCAUCACCUGAGAGCUCCUGCAUUGUAUUCCUAAAAGUCAGACACAAACCACCGGACACCCUAACAAUCUUUACUCUUCAGCCUCAAUUACUCCCCCACUCACACAGACACGACCCAAAUCCUGAUCACUGCUUCUUUUUUUUAACCUAAAGCUACAAAAAAAAUACUUGGUGUAAAAAUAGCCAGUCUAAAAGCGCUAGACUAUCUAAAGAGGAAAAAUACAAGAACUUAGCUCAUUAGAACACAUGAAUUCUGUGCAUACAGGAAAUGCAUGUGUAGCGGAGUUAAGAACGUACCGUAAGCUCACUCCAUAGCUCGGUUGAAAUGUUGCGGAUGGAGCCAUCCACUUGGCACCUUCUGGGUGGCUCAACUCGUUGGAAUGUUGUCAAGGAGGGUGGUCACGUGUGUUGUGAAGCAGAGGAUCACUGUUUCGAGCCCAGUAUGUGGCAGUUGGACUGUGGAGGAAGCUAAGCUGUUAACAGCACACUGACCCCCGUUACACAUGUUUUUAAAUUAGACUUAAAGCUAGAAUGUAUCCUUAGCUGGCCCAAGAGGGAAUUGAUAGUAUUAAUUACUGAUAGUACUAAGUAUUAAGAACCACAGACUCAGAGAUAAUAUCUAAAAUAACUUGGUGGACUAAGGGAAAAUGCAAGAUUAAAAUGUCCAAAAGGAACGAGUGCACACUGAUAUCAAAGUAAAAAAUGUUUUAAAUAAUCCUGUAAAAAUGUAUCCUAGAUUUCCUAUAAUGACAAAAAUGACAGAUCUACAACAUAUUUAAUCCAUCUUUCUUAUUAGCAUUGAAUGUCCCUAUCACUGAUACUAUGUAUGUGGGGCCAUAGACAUAGCAGCAAAAUGUAUGACAUAGGCCCAGGGUAAUAGACCAACUUAAUUUUACAAAUAAAAUUGUAAUACUAGACUAACAAAACCAAUAAAGACAACUUUAUUUUCUAAAAAAAUCUUGGUAAAUAACACUUCUGACAACCACAAGCCCAUAGUUUCUGACAUAGGCCUAUACCGCUACAAUUUCAUUACAUGACAGAAAUUACAGGCAAGGCUUUGGCACCAACUCAGAGAAAGCACUUGUCUCAGCAUAUAGCCUCUAUAGAGAGCUAAUUCUUGAUAACUGAUACAAGCCUCGUAGAUUGAAUAACACCAUGCUAUGCAAGAAAGCUUGUAGUGUCCCUGGGCAUGUAACAAGGUGUCCAAAUCUCUGCCACUUUUGAUGACAUCAUCCAGUAAAACACAUGUUAAACAUCCCUUAGCUUGCAACACAAAUGACCCGGAACUAAUACAACGGCAACUUCACAUCACGCCAUUUUGAACCCAUCUACAUAAGGGCAUGUUUCUCAUUACAACCCCAGCCACUGCAGAAAAAGCCUUGGAACAGGGACUUCUGGUUGGAAGGGACCUAAACAUUUGGAUUGUUUCCCUUUAAUAAAGACACACUCAGGAGUGAUAAUAUGAUAAUAUGACCUGCAUGAUGUCACCCUUCCUUCUUUUUGUAUCCAAUUGGUAGUUACAGUCUUGUCUCAUCGCUGCAACUCCCAUAUGGACUUGGGAGAGGCAAAGGUUGAGAGCAGGGCCUCCGAAACACAACCCAACAACACUGCUUCUUGACACAAUGCCCACUUAACCCAUAAGCCAGCCACACCAAUGUGUUGGAGGAAACACUGUACACCUGGCGAUCGUGUCAGAGAGCACUGCGCCCGGCCCGCCACAGGAGUUGUUAGAGCGCGAUGGGACAAGGACCUCCCUGCCCGCCAAACCCUCCCCUAACUCAGACAAUUGUGUGCUGCCCCAUGGGUCUCCGGCCGGCUGCGACAGAGCCUGGACUCCAACCCAGAAUCUCUAGUGGCACAGCUAGCACUGCGAUGCAGUACCUUAGACCCAUUUUUUCAUUCCUAUUUUGCCUGACUCCACGGCCCAAAAUGAACUAAGUGCUGAAUUGAUAAAUGCUAACAAUUAAGCCAACUUUUCUGACAGACUGAAAACACAUCGCUUACUGAGAUUGGCGCGCCAACAGAGCCAGCAAAGUUAUUACGAUUCAAUGUACUUGCCGCUGCAUUCAUCAAAGUCUUUAUGGGAGAAGGUUUGCACAUUUCCUUUCAACACAUUAGGUACUGUCAGAUUCAUUUAUUUGAACCAAACAUCCCACUCAGAAUCUCAAUUCAGUACAACAUUUUUUCAAACGCAUUGUAUUUCAGAUGGGUGAGGAUGCACGACUAGAUUAUAAGAAAGUGGUAAAGUCCCAAUGCAAAACAGAACAUGAUUCUUAAUCCAACAUCGUGGUUGCUGAACUGUUGAAAUGUCAAGAUUAUUGUAUUGUCUUAAGUCCUAUGAGAAUUGUACUGUAAAAUAGGCCUAAUAUCCCGGAUCUAUUCAAUAUAUUCAGUCUGAACAGGAAAAACGCAGAACCGUUUGCCAACCGUUCAGAUAACAUCAGUGAGAGAUGUUGGUCUGUCCAUUUGCUGCAAAUAUAUAUUGCAAAGUCAUCCACCAUCCAUUUUCUUCAGUAACACUAUAUUAAUACACCCAUUACAACAUCUGACAAACCAUUCCACUAAGGAUUCCCAUUGGUUUCAACUCUAGUACAAUCAGGUUCGGCAUAUUAUUAACGAGGGCAUUCUGUAUGUCGAUAAUUGGUGUGUGUACACAUGAUCAUGUUAAAACGGUCAAAACAAAGGGAAUGAAGUGGUGUAGCAGUCCCAGGAAUUUUGGGACGCGGCAUAGCUGUUGUUGGGGGACAGCGUCUGCUAGCAAUAUCGCUACCUCGUGUUGUGACCGAUGUAGGAUGUCCGUGAGUGGAACUCAACUGAGUAAGGCAGACAUGAUUGGUGUCUGAAAGAAAAAGCACAAAUAUAACAUGAGAAACAGUUAAAAGUAUAACAAAAAUGUUCAAAAUUAAUUUAAUUGCAGCUGUUGUAAAUAACACUACCGACAAAAACUAAAAAGUAUGAUUCUACAUUCCUUUUUUUGGUUGAAAAUGAAAGUUAAAUUGUUUUUAAUGCAACAUGAGAAUGUCGGACAGCGUAAAUAAAUAUCUUACGUGUAAAUUCAUCAUAUAUGAUGUAGCUACUUGAUCGUUGCUAUUCUAUCGGCUAAUGCACUAAUUAUUUAGAAUUGAUGACAACUUUGACUAAAGACAAUGUAAAAGCCACCUUUAAAGCUAUCCCUUUCAUAUCAGGUAACAAGCUACUGAAUCCAUGGUCUGAUGAGGUACAUUUGACCCAUUCCUAUUUUAACUAAUUAAAGGGGGAUUGAUUUUUAAUUGAAUCUUGAGCAAUAUCUGCGCUUUAGCACCGAAAAACAAAGAUAUAUAUCUAAAAAUCUUACCUUACAAAUCUUACCCAAAGCUCACUUUCAAGCACUCUUGUAAUAUAGCCGAGUUAUAUUGCAUGUGUAUAGCCAAUACUGUUUCUUACUGCAAAGUUAUGCAAGAUUUUAUAUCCCUGAGUUGGGUAAUUUAUCCUUUCACUAAGUUCACAGUAGUUAUACUGAUAUACGUAAUGUAGGAGAUGCCUUAGACUGAGUGAUCGAGGAGACAUAAUAGCAGUAAAAUGCAGAUUUUUCUGUCUCUCGUUCUCUUCUCUCUUUUCCAUCACACAUCAUCUACCUAGAGUAUCACACGAUAGUAUCGGCACCUCAGAAUGUUUUUUAGAAAAUGCUAGACAUGCUUGAACAUUUCAUAAGAACUCUUAGUAUCACAACUACUUUACCUGAUAUUACACUUUUUUCUUCUUAUGCAGAUAACUGCUGUCAGCUAUAGUGUACCCAAAAACUACUGCUGCAUGUUGAGCCGUAGGUUGCCUGUGAGACAGCAGGAAUACUGCCAUAUUUAAAUUGCAACGUAAAUACUAUCUUUUUGGUGUCUGUUCAUGCAGUCAAAGAGGUAUUCUCAUUGUCAAUAUUACUAUGGCUCAUACUGGAAUAAUGUACACGUCGCCCGCAAAAGCCAUUACAAAAUCACCUCUGCAAUUUUCACAAUGAUUCUAUUUCCUUAAUAUUGAUGUCAACAUGGUAUGUAAAACAAAUGGUCAACCAGAGUUGAGAGUAAGUCUGGAGUGACUUUAUGCUAUAUACAGGUAGAAAACGUGGGAUUUCGGCAACAAAGUAUGACCAUUCAUUACAAAGUAAUUCAUUAUUAGUAGUAUUUAGUAUUCAGCAAUCUAUGUCCAUUUGACCUACUUCAGGGUUGAGUUCACAAGGCCGAAGUCCAUAGCUUAAUUCAGCUGAAUGGUAUACCUGGCAGGUUUAUUUCAGGUACCUUGGUGGGAAAAGAUGUCAGAUGUAAUCAGGAAAACUGCUUCUGAAAAUGAAAUGAUGCGUGCUAACCUUGGUUAUUAUGAUUGCAAUUCAUUGUUUUGUUUCAUUUAAAAUGAAUUACUUUCCAAACUUGCCUGUUAGGUUUAAGUCCAGAAUUCAUACUGUUGGCUCUCUAGCUAUAUUAUCGUUGACUUUUAUAAUACUUCGAUAUCACGUACGAACAACUAUGCCCUUGUGUGCUAGAAUGAACCAUUUCGAAAAUGUUAUACUUUUGGCAUCAUGCACAGAAUUUUGAGGAAUAUUUUUUUUCUUCUGUAAUGAAUGAGCAAUGUCCAUUAAAGGAUUUUGAAGAGACAGAUGGAAAAGGA